AUGACCUACACUCCAUUUCCUGUGCCAAAUGUUUCCAGCAGCCCCAACAUGACGCAGAGCAACUGGACCUGCUCUGAUUCCAAUGUAACGUACAAAUCCACCCUGUACGCAGCCACGUACACCAUGAUCUUCAUCCCCGGCCUCCUGGCCAACAGCGCUGCCCUGUGGGUCCUGUGCCGCUUCAUCAGCAAGAAGAGCAAAGCCGUCAUCUUCAUGAUCAACCUGGCCGUGGCCGACUUGGCCCAUGUCCUCUCACUGCCGCUGCGAAUAUACUAUUAUAUCAACCGCAUGUGGCCUUUUGGGAAAUUCCUUUGCUUACUGUGCUUCUACCUGAAGUACCUCAACAUGUACGCCAGCAUUUGUUUCCUCACCUGCAUCAGCAUCCAGCGGUACUUUUUCCUGUACCAGCCGUUCAGAGCCAAGGACUGGAAGAGGCGGUAUGAUGUAGCCAUCAGCGCAGCCGUCUGGCUCUUCGUCGGGGCGGCGUGCUCCCCGUUCCCCAUCAUGCGGAGCUAUGUAAACAACUCCGAAACCUGCUUUGCGGACCUUGAAGUUCGACAGAUUCAAAGCAAUGUGGCCACUGUGGCGAUGACAGUCACAGCGGAGCUCUUUGGGUUCAUUGGCCCCCUCAUCAUUAUUUUGUUCUGUACUUGGAAAACAAAGGACUCUCUUCGGGACUUCCAGAUACCACUGCAAAACAACACCGAGAGGCGGAAAGCUUUAAGGAUGGUUUCCAUGUGUGCCAUUGUGUUCUUUGUGUGUUUUGCACCGUAUCACAUCAACUUCUUUUUCUACAUGAUGGUGAAAGAAAAUGUUAUUACAGAUUGCCUCCUGCGUAGCAUCACACUCCACACCCAACCCUUUUGCUUAGCUCUUGCAAGUCUGGACUGCUGUUUGGAUCCAAUCCUGUAUUUUUUUAUGACUUCAGAGUUUCAGGACCAGAUAUCAAGACAUAGCAGCAUGGUCAUCAGGAGUCGGCUCAUGAGCAAAGAGAGUGCCUCAUCAAUUAAGGAAUGA